AUGCCGCGUGAAACAGAAAAUUCACCUGCAGCUGAUAGGUCAUUUAAUCCAUCCUACAAAGAUUAUUUUAAAUUUGAUUGUGAACAUUUGCUUCAGUAUUGUGGAAAGGUGAAUGAGAGCCGAAGAGAAGAUCAAAACGAAUCUAUAUUAGAGGCAAGGUUAAAAGAAAUAGAUGCAAGAUGGACAAACGUAGAUACUUCAUAUCAAAAGGUAAUGUUAUCUCAAGAUGACGUAAUUGAUGCAGAAUUUAAGAACCAAGCAAGAGAGGAAUUUGAUGCUUGUAAUGACGCAUAUGUACAGAGCACAUCACAAAUUUUUGAAAUUCUUAAAAGUAUCCGCUUAGAUACAGUACAAAUGCCAAUGUUCCAAUCAACAUCUCGUCACUCUGUCCCAAAUCAAAAUCCAAUGAGCGAUAAUUCAAGUAUUUGCAUUAAACUCCCCCCAUGCGACACAGAAAUAUUUAAAGGCAGUUAUGAACAAUGGCCCUCGUUUAGAGACAUGUUCACUGCAGUUUAUAUAAAUCAUUCAAAACUUACUCCUGUAACUAAGCUAUACCAUCUCAGGAACAAGACAAGAGGCGAAGCAGGUGCUAUAGUUAAACGAUAUCCAUUAUCUAAUGAUAAUUUUGAAUUAGCUUGGAAUGCGUUAAAAACAAGAUACGAAAACAAACGAGUUUUGGUAGAUAACCAAAUCAAAAUCUUGUUUGAUAUACCAGCAGCAAUUAAUGAAGAUAGUGAGUCCAUAAGAAAAAUACAGUCGUCAGUAAACGACUCAUUAGCGACACUCAGAACUCUAGGGGUAGAAGUAAAUAGUUGGGAUCCCAUUUUAAUUCGUCUAAUAUCAACAAAAUUACCAGAUUGUACUUUAGAACUAUGGGAGCAAUCACUGACUUCCCCUCGUGAACUACCAAAAUGGUCACAAAUGUCACAAUUUUUAGUUGACAGAUACGAAGCGGUAGAGCGGCUAACAAGCAUAAAAACCACAAAAGACAGUUUUACACUGUCUAAUACGAAAAAACCUAAUAUUCAAACAUAUACAUCCCAAGAAAACAUAAACACAAAUUGCAAACUAUGUAAUAAUGUACAUUAUUUAAGAAAUUGUCCCAAUUUUAGAACUUUUUCAACACAACAAAGAAUAGAUUAUGUUUUCAAAAAUAAAAUAUGUAACAAUUGUUUAAGUCCUUCGCAUAUUAAGGCAAAUUGUAAAAGUAAAAGAACAUGUUUUUACUGCAAAAAAGAUCACCAUUCAUUAUUGCAUAUUGCACACAAAUCAUCAAAUGUACAAAAAACAUCUGAAAAUACUCAAACCAAUGGUAAUGGUAAUCAAAAUAAAAAUAUUGUUCAAAAUACAAAUACACAAACAGAACAGCCAAGUAAUUCUUACAAAGAUGAACUUCCAACUACCUCACGGCGUGUUCAAGCAAACUGCUCUACGAGCAACGAAAACAUUUUAUUGCGUACAGCAUUGAUGCAAAUAGAGCAUCAAGGCGAAGUUUUCACGAUAAGAGCUUUAAUUGAUCCAGGCUCUCAAAGAACCUUCAUAACAGAAAGAAUAAGAAGUCGGUUACAGUUGCCUUAUAGAAAUUCAUAUUUUGAAAUUAUUGGAAUAGGAGGUCAAAAACAAUCAGCUAAAAAAGAGUGUGAUUUCACAUUAUUUGCAAGAAAAUAUAAUCUGAGAGUCCCAAUUAAAGCAAUUGUUUUAUCAAAUGUUACUAAAACACUUCCAGCUGUUACGUUUAAUGUCCCAUAUUCAGCAGAACUUAGAAAAUUGGAUUUAGCAGACCCGAAUUUUAAUAAAUCUUCCCAAAUUGAUCUUAUUCUUGGCAAUGAUUAUGAACAUUGUCUAAACCUCGAAGGGAUAAAGAAAAAUAUAUGUGGCCAAACAUCAGCUUACAAAACUAUAUUUGGAUGGGUGCUUAGUGGACCGAUGAAAACGAAAACCGUUCAAACAUUCACAACUGCUGUCACUUCAUCAGAAUCUUCAGAACUCAGCACACUAUUGAGAAAAUUUUGGGAGCAAGAGGAAAUACCAAAAACUCGCUUUAAAUCCGAAGAAGAUGAAUUUGUUGAACAAUUUUUCACUAAAACAACUACUCGAAGCAAAGAUGGACGAUAUAUGGUAAGGCUACCAUUCAAAAAGGAAUAUCCCGAAUCGGUUUUCUUAGGAUCGUCUAGAUUCAUCGCACUCGCUCAAUAUGCCAGUAUGGACAAAACAUUAGGAAAAAAUAAAGAAUUGCAAGCUGAAUAUAAAGCUGUUUUGGAUGAGUAUUUAACUCUCGACCAUAUGGAAGAAACAACCUCAAACGAAAUCAAUUCUGAAGGUAAACAUAGCUCUUUUUAUUUGCCCCAUCACGCGGUCGUGCGACCAGAACAUAAAACUACAAAGGUAAGAAUUGUGUUCAAUGCCUCUAGGAAAACAAAAUCCAAAUUUUCACUAAAUGAUGUUCUGUACACUGGUCCUACAAUUCAAAAUGAUUUAAUAACUGUAAUUCUGAAUUGGAGAAGAUAUAAAUAUGUGUUCAGUGGUGACAUACAGAAAAUGUAUCGUCAAAUCCUAGUUCAUCCAGACGAUAGAGCAUUCCAGAGAAUUUUAUAUCAACCUGAACCAAAUGGCCCUAUUAAAGAUUUCGAAUUGAAAACAGUAACGUUUGGAGUAAAUUGUGCGCCUUUUCUAGCAAUUCGUACGUUACAUCAACUCGCUUCAGACUCAAAAGCCGAAUCCCCCCAAGCAUCAUCAAUUUUAAGGUACGAAACUUAUGUAGAUGAUAUUUUAACUGGAGGUUAUUCAAUUGAAGAAACUCGUUACGCACAAAAUCAGCUAAUUAAAACUUUAAAAUCUGCUGGAUUUUUACUCAAGAAGAUAACAGCAAACGAUUCUCAAUUAUUAUCAGAUUUACCAACAGAGGAUAUAUAUGAUUCAGAUUUUUUACGUUUCCACGAAACUAGCUCAACUAAAACUUUAGGCAUAAAGUGGAACGCAAUCACAGAUACAUUUACUUAUAAUUUCUCAUCAAUAAGUCCUUCUACGAAAAUAACAAAACGCCAAGUUCUAUCAUCUGUCGCAAAACUAUUUGAUCCAGCUGGAUGGCUAGCUCCUAUAGUUAAAACCACGUAUCAAAGGAAUAAUACGUAA